AUGGCUGGCCGACGGACGCUUCUGUCACUGAGGUCCCGUACCGUCGCUCCAGUUUGUCGCCUGCAAACCGGCACGUCGUUCCUCGACUCAGUCGCACCCAUCUCACGACGCUCAAAAUCCACCAACUCAACCUCAGCUUUGGCCUACAAAGCCCUCCAUCGAAGGUCGCCACUGCCUCUGCCAGUGUCCGACACCUCUCCCCAGUAUGGCGCUGCCGCCGCCGUCUCGUCCAUCCUCUAUGAGACCCCCGUUGCUUCUCAAGCACCCCCCAAGAAACACGUCCUGAACUGCUUGGUACAAAACGAACCGGGUGUCCUUUCUCGGGUGUCUGGAAUUCUUGCAGCCCGAGGCUUCAAUAUUGAUUCCCUGGUCGUUUGUAAUACCGAGGUCUCCGAUCUCUCUCGAAUGACCAUCGUCCUGCAAGGACAAGACGGAGUGGUCGAGCAAGCUCGAAGACAAUUGGAGGACCUAGUACCGGUGUGGGCUGUCCUGGAUUACACUUCUGCUGCCCUGGUGCAGCGCGAGCUGUUGCUGGCCAAGAUUUCCAUCUUGGGCCCUGAGGUCUACGAAGAACUUAUGGAGCAUCAUCGAGAGAUCACGAGCCCAGAGAGCGAGUACGGCACUGAGCAGGUCGAAAACGCCGAAGAAAACGCCGAGAGAAGGCUCCAGGAGCUGGAAGAGGGCAAGCCUGAUGAGCAAUCUCUGAUGCAACGAGCUCGUGAGAUGAUCGGACAAGGUUCAAGCUAUCACCCCAGCCGUCUUGCUGCCAGUCAGGCUCUUCGUCACAAGCAUGAGCAUCUUGAGGCCAUCACCCAUCUUACCCAUCAAUUUGGUGGCAAGGUUCUUGACAUCAGCACGAAUAACUGCAUUGUGGAAGUAUCAGCAAAGCCCAGUCGAAUCGACUCUUUUGUGAAAUUGAUCGCACCCUUUGGCAUUCUUGAGUCGACUAGGACCGGUCUCAUGGCUCUGCCUCGUUCUCCCUUGUACGGGCCAGAUGAGGAUCUACAACGCGAUGCUGACGAAGUUGUGGAUGCGAGUGCCCUUCCUCCUGGCUAA